AUUUAGUCAGUCCGGCCAACACUUAAACUGGAUAUGUGGGAACUUAUUAGCAGCACAUUAAGUAACCUACGAUUGUAAAGAAGCCCGACAAAUUGAGUUACGCGUACAUAAUUCAGAUUCAUCUUGUUUCCCCUCCUCUUCUUUUUCUGCUUUGACAAACCCUCAGGCGCAAAGAGAAAAAAAAAAUGGCACAAGUCGCUCCUCCACCAACACUUGACUUCAGUAUUAACGCUGAACAAGUCGAACAGAUUACUAACGACAUCAUCGCCGCGGAGCUUGCUAUCAAUGACGCGGUUGCUUCAUUAAAGCCAGAAGAACGCACUUACGAAAAUAUUGUAACUCGUUUAGUUCGCGCCGAAAAUGAAUUAGCAGGCAAAGCCCAACUCGUCAGCUCCCUGAGCCAAAUAUCCCCUGACGCUGCUGUCAGAGAGGCUUCAGUUGCUGCUGAAACCAAAUACGAUCAAUUCAGUAUCGAGCAAAGCAUGCGACAUGAUCUCUACGUUGUAAUUUCUGAUUAUAUGGCUAAAACAGAUUUGGAUACGCUAGCCUAUGAAGAUGCUCGAUUUUUGCGUAGACUCGAGCGUUCUUAUCGUCGUAACGGCCUCCAUCUUCCUGAAGAUAAGCGUAACGAGCUUAAGGAAAUUCGUAAACAACUUAGUGAAAAGUGUAUCGAAUUUAACAAGAACUGGGCUCGAGAAAGCAGCACUGUCAAAUUCACAAAGGAUGAGUUGGAAGGACUCGACGAUGAUUUCCUAGGUGGAUUGAAGACAGUUGAAGAGGAUGGUGUUACAAAAUACGUCUUGACAAUGAAGUAUCCUGAUGUCCGUCCUGUACUGAAAUUAUGUAAGAAUGAAAAUACACGAAAGGUUCAUGCCACCGCCUAUGAAUCUCGUAAUAAGGAGAAUAUUGUUUUGCUUGAAGAAGCUGUAAAACUUCGUCGCAAGGCAGCCAAGAUCCUGGGUUAUGAUUCACAUGCAGCUUAUGUGUUGGAAAUUAAAAUGGCCAAGGAGGUUGACGCCGUCAAUAAAUUCCUGAACGACUUGACUGAUAAAUUACAUGAGCCUGGCUUGAAGGAAAUCGACGAGCUUAAAGAACUUAAGAAGGCUGAAAAAGCUGAGCGUGGCGAAGAAUACGACGGACAAUUGAACGCUUGGGACACAAGCUACUAUCAACGCAUUCUUCUGGAGAAAGAAUAUUCCGUUGAUCAAGAGUUAAUUAAGCAAUACUUUAGCCUUGAAGCUACCAUUCAGAAAAUGCUUGAGAUUUAUGAAAAGGUAUUGGGUCUCAAAUUCGUCAAGGUUCCUGCAGAUAAAGCUGUUGUGUGGCACCCUGAUGUCCAACUUUACGAAUGUUGGGACGCUGUUGAAGACAAAAGCUUUUCAGGUUACAUGUACCUUGACUUAUUCCCUCGCGACAACAAGUAUCCUCACGCAGCCUGCUUCCCUCUCCAACCCUCUUAUAUUGAUGAGAAUGGUGAACGUGUCGCUCCUAUUGCUGCCAUGGUUGCUAACUUUACUAAACCAACUGCUGACAAGCCAUCUUUGUUGAAACAUGAUGAAGUCGUCACCUUAUUCCAUGAAUUGGGCCAUGUUAUGCAUCAUUUAUGUUCUCGUACUAAACUUGCUAGAUUCCACGGAACCAGUGUCGAGGGCGACUUUGUCGAAGCACCUUCACAAAUGCUUGAAAAUUGGUGCUACGAUCCUAAAUCACUCAAAUACCUUACUGCUCACUUCAAAACAGGUGAACCUAUUUCUGAUGAAAUCAUUGAUCGUAUUGUAAAGGCCAAGAAUGUGGAUGCGGCUAUGCAUAAUUUGCGCCAACUCUUCUUCGGUAUCUACGAUAUGACCCUCCAUACUUCUGAAGAUGAAAAUCUGGAUACUUCGAAGUUGUACAAUGAUCUCCGGAAGAAGAUUUCUUUGGUAGCAGCUCCUGAGGGUACCUAUGGUCAAGCUGCCUUUGGCCAUUUAAUGGGCGGUUACGAUGCUGGCUAUUACGGCUAUAUGUGGUCCAAAGUUUUCUCUAGUGAUAUGUACUUCAGCAAGUUCGAGAUCGAUACGCUUUCACCCGAGGUUGGUUAUUCCUACCGUAAAGAAAUUCUUGAAAAAGGCAGCAGCAGAGAUGGUAUGGAUCUAUUGAAGGCCUUUUUAGGUAGAGAACCAUCGUCAGAUGCCUUCAUGAGAGAAGAUAUUGGAAUCGCCAAUUAGAGUUAUUGCUCGGCAAGCGUUCCUUCUUUCAAUACAUAUGCUACCCUGAAACAAAUUUCAUUGUUUUGGAGGAUAUGUUCUGCUACCAAAUCAAAACAAACCAAAAAGAGGAUGUGUAAGGAACGUUUCUGAAUUUUUCACUUAGUUGUGAAAAUAAAAAACAUAAAUAUCCUUCUUUUUU